AUGGAUAUUCGCGGCAGAAAGAUGAAGAAGCCGCCAGCAUGUGUGCAAUGCCGUCGCAGGAAAAUCGGAUGUGACCGCGCAAAGCCAAUCUGUGGCAACUGUUUGAAAAACGGUAAGAUGGACUGCUUUUAUCCGGAUGUACCGGGACAGUAUGUGCAAUCCAAUACCAGUUCGAGUGCAACUAGUAAUAAUCAUACACAAACGCACCCUCACAGUCAUACUCAUAAUCAUAAUCAUAGUCAUGCCAGAGAGAGCUCGGGUGCUGAAUUGCAUCAUAACCCCGAAUUGGCCUCCAUGGAGCAGAUUAGAGAAUACAAUACAAGGCUGCAGUUGCUCAAUGCGCAACAGCAUAGAGCAACGCCUGGGCCAAUGGAGAAUGCACAAUUCAUCCCUCGCACAAUGCCAAAUUUUGAAAAUAAACCUGUAACGUCAGCAAAUGGCUCAGGGUUACACUUGAAUUGGGUUCAGGGACCUGCGAUAUUUGAUAUAAUGACAUCACCAUACACACAAGAAGAAGUUUUACUGAAGGAAAUGGAUUUUCUAAGAUCAAGAAUGUUAGAACUACAAGAGUUGACCGGUAAAAAAUGCGGGUUGAAUUUAUCGUGGAAUUCUGAUUUAGACGGAGAUUUUAAUAGUGAUAUGAGCAAGGAAACUCAUGACAAGCAGAUAGAUCAUGAAGAUCAUCAGAAUGAAAGUGAUGAACCAUCUUUGAAGAGAUUGAAAUUUGCAAUGGAUGAAUUCAGAGAUUUGGAUCCCGAAUUUUUAGAUGCCAGGCAAGUUUUUACUGUUUUCAACAAUUUUAAAAGCUAUGAUCACAUCAAUCAAUUGAAUCCCAUGACAGAUUCGCCAAACUCCAUCUUUAAUAUACGAUUCAUGAUUGCAAGGGAUGAAUUUUUGAAUCAGUUUUACAAAAAGUUCAAUAAAGUAUCAAAGGAGAACUUUAGUGAUGAAAUCAAUAUAUUAUUAAAGAAUAAAACACCACAGCCUCCAAGAAAUGACCAAUCAAUUAGAUUUCCCAUGAGAUCUGUUACACAAGAAGCUAUUACAAAAUAUAUAAGCGUUGUACCGGACACAAAUGCACUAAUACCGAUUUUAAAGCCAAGAGAAUUGAUUGUUUCCAUUGAGCAAUUAUUUGGCCGUGAUCCAAUUUUUUCUUCCAAUAAAUUAGAACUUUCUCAGCUAGUUACAGUGGGCCAGAUAACUAUAUGCUUGCUACUAGCUUAUGAAGCUUUAUCUUCAUCUGUUCUGAUUCCAUUAAGAGAUGAACAGCAAAUCAUGUUUUUACAAUUGAAAGAUUUUGUUCCAAUUUUGAAAAAUAACUUACUUCUAGUGAAAUCAGAACUCGACAGAAGAGGUAAUUUAACAUCAACAAUAGAUGUUUUAAAGUAUAUUGCAUUAUGGAAGUAUUAUCAAUCAGUAUCUGAUGUUUGUGACAAUGAUUCGUAUGAUGGUGACGAGGAUGUACAUUUAGCACGGCAGUUAUCAAUUAAUCAUGAAACAAAUAAUCAACUAUGGAUUUUGUUAUGGAAUUUCAUUUUCAAGAAUUACUGUUGGAGACAUUUGUUCAAGGGUGAAAUGCCAGCAUUAGUCGCUGGCACAGAGCUAAAUUCGGCAACAGUUAUUGAUCCAUUAUUGAACAAUGAUUUUUCAUUGUUGAAUUUCCAAAUUGGCAUGGUAAAAUACCUUCAGUCAAAGGAUAUGAUGAUUUCAAUGUUAAAAGUUUUAGCAUUAAAGGAUAUGUUUAGGGUCAAAAUUAAUGAUCAAAAUAAGAAGUGUUUCACGACAGCGUCGAUUAUUAAUAGUGUAGUGGAUUCAAUAAUUUAUCGGAACUCUAUGCUAUUUUUGACAUACUAUUUGCUACUGCAGUACGAACAACUGCGUGAUACUGAAAAAUUUAAUGAUCAUUACAAAGAAUUCCUUCAAUUGGUGCAAGAAACUUUAUUCUACGUUUUUUCUAACCUCGCCAAUUUGAAAUUUGCGGGUUAUGAAUUUAUCUUUGCAAAGAAAUCUUUUAUCACAUUGGAUAACAUCUGUCAUAUGAUCUUAGGAAUAUACCAACGUUCCGAUCAAUUAUUAAAAACACAAUCACUGACCGAUGAUAAUCCAAAACAAGAAUCACAACAAUCUGAAGCAUUAGUGCUACUACUGCGCAAAAUACUAAUGCUAUUACAAGACUAUGCGAAGAACCGUAAAGUUGAUAGUCCAUUGUUGACGAAACUAGUUCGCAAAUUGACCACAAUCUUGGAAUAUAUUGCAUUAUCCGAAAAGAAUCCGGCAACGGUUGCCUUCAAUAGCUCUGAUAAAAAAAAUAGUGUACCUAAUGCCCUUCAAAGUCUAGACUCCUCAAAUUUGACUAAAGCAGUCGCGAAGCUACGUGGGAUUUCAGAAUCUUUGAUAAAAUCUGAUUUUUACAACCAGAGGAAACCAUUUGAAGUGACAAAUCCGCAAACUUUAGGUCUAACAAAAGAGAAUUUUGCAGAUAUAUACAAUUCAUUUUAUUCCUAA